AUGUCUUACCCCCCCUGCCAGGCCUCGCUGGCGGCGGACGCCUCCCGCGUCCGCAAUGGGGAGGCUGCGGCGGAGGCGGCGCGGCUGGAGCAGGAGGCGUACGACACCAUGAAAGCUGCAGGCCUGGUGUGGACGCUGGGGCUGUCAGGCAUCUGUCUGGCAGGCACAGCCUUUGUGCAUGGCAGCUCGAGCGCCGCGAGCUACGCCGUGGGUGCGGUGGCGGGGCUGCUCUACCUGCGGGCCCUGUAUCGCACGGUGGACGGCAUGUCGCCCAGCGGCUCCGGCAUGGCAGGCAGCAUGUUGAGCCAGCAGCGCCUCCUCAUCCCUGCCAUCCUUAUCCUGGGGUUCAAUCGAUACGAGACGCUGGCCGCGCCGGCGACGGGCCAGCACCUGUCCCUGCUGGCGCUGGUGGGCGGCUUCUUCACCUACAAGCUGGCCCUGGUCGGGCAGCAGGGGGCGGAGCUGCUGGCCAAGCUGGCCAAGCCCGGCGACGCGCAGUGA